CUUCCCUGUGGUACAAACACUAACACUCCCCCGGUGCUCUGAGCUCACAGCCUGGCUAACAAACUGAGCUAACAUGAGCUAGCUUUACAUACAGAGCAAUUAUGAUGUCACUUCCUCUCCUUCUUCAGGUGUAUGCGAUCCUGGUCAGUCACCCGCUUCAGUCCAACGACCACCUGACUCCGACUCCGGUCUCCUACACCGCCGGUUUCUACCGGAUCCCCGUGGUCGGCCUGACGACGCGCAUGUCCAUCUACUCUGACAAGAGCAUCCACCUGUCGUUCCUGAGGACGGUUCCUCCGUACUCCCACCAGGCUCACGUGUGGUUCGACCUGAUGAGGGAGUUCAGGUGGAACCACAUCAUCCUGAUCGUCAGCGAUGACCACGAAGGACGAGCUGCCCAGAAGAGGCUGGAGACGCUGCUGGAGGAGCGAGAGACCAAGGUCAGCACACGCAACACGUGAUGUCACGUGAUGUCACGUGAUGUCAUGUGUGUGUUCAUGUGACGACGUGUGUGUGUGUGUGAGAGAGAGAGAGACGUCUCAUCCUCCGUCAUCAGACACUUUCACUUCUCAGACCAGAUCAAUCUUUAGAUGUGACGCUCCACCAUCUUCAAUGCUGAAGGUUGCCAUAGCAACACAGAGCGGUAAACAUUAGCAGCACCUGAACACCUGCAGCAGGCUCAAA